AGACGUUUAAUAAUGAGAUAGCAUUUAUAGUAGAAAGAUAAAUAAUACCUCACAUUUCAAUUUAAAAAAUCUCAACGCAAGACUUUAAUUACAGUUUAUUUGGUAAAUGCACAGGAGACAAUGAAAAAAAUACUACUCUUCACUGCAAUUAUUUGCUUCGAUCAAAAUCUUUCGUACAAAGUCAUGUUUAAUAAUGGUGGACCUAAUGUCACAGAUUUGGUAGAAUAUGUCUUACUAAAUGACGACAAUCCUUGCUCGCGAAAAUGUGUGAAAGAAUCUGUACCAAUGACCUGUAGAUACACUUUUCUUUUGGAAUCGUAUCAUACCUUAAACAAAGCAUGUUAUGAGUGUCCAUUCAAGCAAGACGAUUGUUAUAGAGAGGACUGCAUUCCUGCUGACGGAAACAGAAGAUCAGUUGUAGUUGUGAAUAGAAAAAUGCCUGGACCUAGGGUUGAGGUUUGCCUUGGGGAUGAAGUGAUUAUAGAUGUAGUUAAUCAUUUAACAAGCGAUAGUACAACCAUUCAUUGGCACGGUCAUCAUCAAAAGAAUAGUCCGUAUAUGGAUGGCGUACCAUUUGUAACACAAUGUCCCAUUCUUCCAGGAAUGACCUUUCGAUAUCAUUUCAACGUCCACAAUGCUGGUACCCACUUCUGGCACUCUCAUUCAGGAUUUCAACGUUCUGAUGGUACUUUUGGUCCUUUUAUUGUGCGAAUACCAGAAGAAGACGAUCCACAUUCUCUCCUAUAUGAUUAUGAUCUCCCGAAUCAUAUAAUAACAAUUCUAGAUUGGACUAAAGAGGUCGGAAACGAUAAAUAUAUGUCGCAUAUGCAAAAUGACGGCGACAAUAAACCUGAUACUAUUUUGGUUAACGGUAUGGGAAGAUUUAAACACUUUCAAGAUGCAAAUGGUACAACGAUAUUUACACCAACUGCCCGCUUUACUGUCGAACAGGGUUACAGAUACAGAUUUCGGUUAAUAAACGCAGGUUUUUUAAACUGUCCAAUAGAACUGUCUAUCGACAAUCAUACGCUUACGGUGAUCAGCAGCGAUGGAAGUGAUUUUAAUGCCACAGAAGUGGAAUCCUUGGUUUCUUAUGCUGGUGAAAGAUUUGAUUUUAUUGUAAAUGCUGAUCGACCUAAAGACGUGUAUUGGAUGCAUUUCCGAGGCUUAAUGGACUGUGAUGAACGCUUUACUAAAGCAUAUCAGUUGGCUGUGCUCCAGUACAAAGAUGUAGAAAAAAAAUACCCACUUAGUGAACCUACUUAUGAUAGUUCCAAAAAGGAAGGAAAACAAAUGAAUGCUCUGAAUAAAGGGACUGAAGCUGAUAACUCCAGUUAUGUUAGUAUGCCACAACUGCAUUCAUUAGAUCAGUGGGACGAUAGUCUUCAAGAAAAAGCUGAUUUUCAGUAUUACGUUUCGUAUGAUUUUUAUAAAAUGAAUCAUCCUGUAUUUCAUAAAGAAAACACCUAUGGGUUCUUUAAUGUUACGGACCCAAUGCAGCAAGUCCUAACACCCCAAUUAAAUUAUAUUUCGAUGAAACUGCAAUCCUUCCCACUUCUACCGCAGAGAAAUCAAAUUGAAGAAAAUAUGUUGUGCAAUGAAACAACAGUACAGGAUUGUGAAAACAAGUUCUGUGAAUGUACCCAUAUUGUUAAUAUUCCAUUAAAUACUGUAGUUGAAAUGGUUUUAAUAGACAAAGGUUAUGCAUACGAUGCUAACCAUCCUUUUCAUCUGCAUGGUCAUUCUUUUCGAGUGGUGGCAAUGGAGCGAAUAGGAAGUCACGUUAAUGCUUCAGAUAUUCGCAAGAUGGAUCUUAAUGGACAGAUUAAUCGAAAUCUUAAAGAUGCGCCUCUGAAGGAUACGGUGACUGUUCCUGAUGGGGGAUUUACAAUAAUCCGGUUCAAAGCUACAAAUCCAGGUUAUUGGAUAUUUCAUUGCCACAUAGAAUUUCACGUAGAGGUCGGUAUGUCCUUAGUGUUCAAAAUUGGAGAAGACUACGAAAUGCCUCCAGUCCCCACUGGUUUUCCUAAAUGUGGAGAUUACAUUCCCAAUGUAAAUAGUACAAAUUUAGACGAGUGUGAAAAUGUUGGUACUUUUGGUAGUAUUUUAAAGAAAUUACUACCAAACGUGUAUAAAAAUUAUUGUCCGCUCCCCAGUAGCGCUAGUUAUAAAAUCGUUCAUUUUAGUUUACUACUAGCCUUUGUACCUCUUGUAAUUUUACGGUAAUUUAUACAGUAAAAUUGAUGACGAAAAUUGUGAUAUUGCUUCCGAUGAUAGCAUUUAAAUUAUUAUCGUGUAUUUUAAAGAGAAUCUCUUUUGUAUUUAAAUAAUUAAUUUAUGUAAUAAAAAAAUAAGAAUAAA